CACCAGCGGUGACGCGCGUCGUGAGCGUUCGCCCGUCAGCUCUCCAUGUAACCCCGCGGAUGGGAAUAAAGACGCAGGUGACCGCGGCUUGACCAGCCGUGUCAGACGGGUGGAAGCUGCGUGACCGCACGCCGCCUAAAUGAGCGACGCAGCCGAGAUGAGAGGGCCCGUUACCCGCCGGAGGAGGAUCACCGUCUCCGGCAACGGUGGCGGAGCCGCAGCGGCGAAACGCACCAACGGGAACAAGUGUCACGGUGCCGGGGAGAAAGCGCCGGGGCGUCCCGCCGCGGCCAAGGCGAACGUGGGGGCGAGCAACGGCGGGAAGGCGGGCGGAGAGACGGGGGCGUCGGGGCAGAAACACCACCCCGACAGUCCGAAGAAGCAGAGGAGCGUGGUGGAGGAUUUGAACCACAGGCUGAGCUGUCACGUCCUCCAGGAGUCCCUCUUAAGUUCAGCCAGCGGCUACAGCAACUACAGAGGAAUCCUCAACUGGUGUGUUGUGAUGCUGGUGCUGAGUAAUGCACGCCUCUUCUUGGAGAACAUUAUAAAGUAUGGUAUCUUGGUGGACCCGAUCCAAGUGGUGUCUCUCUUCCUGAAGGACCCUUACAGCUGGCCAUCAGCUUGCCUCAUCAUUGUGUCCAAUGUGUUCAUCUUAGCAGUCUUGUACACAGAGAGGCGUCUGGCUGUGGGCACCAUUUCCCAAAUGACCGGAAGCAUUCUUCAUAUUAUUAACCUGACAUCCGUGUUGAUCUUCCCUGCAGCCACUGUGCUUACUGUGACGUCCAUGACCCCAGUGGGCGGCGUGCUCUCGUUAGGAAUCUACACGGUGCUGUUUCUCAAGCUGUACUCCUACCAAGACACCAACAGAUGGUGUCGAGAAAUCAGACAAGCAAAAGCCAAGAGACUAACACGCUCAUACUCAUGUCCGUCCGUGUCGCAACUGAACGGUUCGGCGGUUCAUGCUCAUGUCUCCUAUCCGGGCAACCUCACCCACAGAGACAUGUACUACUUUGUCUUCGCUCCGACUCUGUGCUACCAGCUGAACUUCCCACGGUCCCCUCGAAUACGCAUACGGUUCCUGAUAAGAAGACUUUUGGAAAUGCUUUUCAUUAUGCAGCUCCUGGUGGGGUUGAUACAGCAGUGGAUGGUUCCCACCAUACAAAAUUCAAUGAAACCAUUCCAGGAAAUGGACUUCUCUCGGAUGGUAGAGCGCCUCUUGAAGUUAGCUGUCCCGAACCAUCUGAUAUGGUUAAUAUUCUUCUAUUGGUUUUUCCACUCUUCUAUGAACUUUUUGGCAGAACUGCUGCAGUUUGGAGACAGAGAGUUCUACAAAGACUGGUGGAACUCUGAGUCGGUCACAUAUUUCUGGGCCAACUGGAACAUCCCAGUUCACAAGUGGUGUCUGAGACACUUUUAUAAGCCGAUGCUGAGGAAGGGAGUCAACAAGUUUCUGGCUCAAACCGCAAUCUUCCUAAUGUCUGCCUUCUUCCACGAGUACCUGGUGAGUAUUCCUCUGAAGAUGUUUAGGCUGUGGGCCUUCAUGGGAAUGAUGACGCAGGUUCCCCUGGCUUGGUUUGUGGGUCGAUUCCUGACUGGAAACUAUGGCAACGCCGCUGUGUGGAUCUCUCUCAUCAUUGGCCAGCCCGUCGCUGUGUUGAUGUACGUCCACGACUACUAUGUCAUCCAUCACGGGAGCACGACAUAGUGCCGGACAAGUGCGCGUUUCAACACACACAAGUCAUGUUGUAAACACGCACACCAGCGUGCAGGACAACUCAUCAUGUGAAUGAAGGAAAAUACUUGUUGACUUGUUGAUUUUUGCACUAAAGAGAAAUGAACCAUUGUAGGCCGGGAAGGGAUUUGAACAACACAAGUGUUCGCUUUAAAGCAGCAUUCCACUUUAGUUGGGCAACGUACUUCUGCCACCACAGCGCUGAUAUGAAAAUGUUGUUUCCAUGUCAGUGGUUUGAGAAGCCGCUUCUUUCUUGCGUCCAAAGAAAACCGAGGAAUGAUGAAGCCAGAUAAACCGGUUGAUGCAGUAGUUGAGUUCCACACAACUUUAUAAUAACUGAAAGGACUUGUUAGAUGCUAGAAUGUGAAGUGGAAACCGUAAAGGGUUUUUUGUGACUUUAUUUGUACAGCGUCUCCAAACAUCAAUGCAAGCGUAACGCAACACAGGCUGGGAUGUGUUAUCUGUUGCACUACUGUCUUUGUGUUGCAGAAGGUUUAUUUUAUACUUGUAUCAUUUUGUCGGUGUGACUGUCCUUAUUUAUGAUGUGCCAUAUGAUAAUUUAAUGCACUAGUUGAUUUAUUGAUUUGAACCAAUGGAUAUUUUUUUGCACUUUAAAGCGAGGCCUGCUGUUGACUUAAAGGUUUUUGAUUUAUAGAUUUAAAUCUAGUAAUGAAUUUGAAUCAUGCUUUUUUUUGUUUAUAAAUUCUCAAUACUUCUCAGAUAUUUUAAUUUGACUUAAAAACGUUGCCAAGAAGGAUAUUGUCGUAAUAAAGUUAAUAUAGUUUUAGUAUAGUUAUAGUUAAUAUAGUUUUUUUUCCUUUGUUUUGAACUGUUUACCAAAUAUAUUGCAACAGUUGGCUGAUCAUGGAAAAUCAGAGCCUUUCUUUGUAAGAUCAAUGCCAAUAGUUUCACAAUGCCUUUAAAUUCAUAUUUGAAAUACUUGGGAGCUGAUGAUUUACUGUUGUGUUGUGUCAAAGCAGUAUUUUCUGUGGUUUUCAUGAAAGCAAGAUGUCACUUUGGAAAACAUAAACCAUAUUAGCUUAUUUGUAUUUCAGUGAACAAAUGGUGACUUUAGUGUGUAGCUUGUCUGACCCACUUUUAUCAACAGAUGUGACCCACUUUAAAAUCGGUGUUAACUUUG